AAAUGUCAGCUAGUUUGUUGGCUGUUUGAGGAAGCAGUCUCCCAGUCGGAGCGAAGACUAUCGUCACCAUGUCGGGCAGCAGCGCAGGAAGUGUCUCCACAGCCACAGACAGUGUGGCAUCUACAGAGAAUUUAACAGAGACUGAUGCGUUCUUCAAAAGCUCUUUGGUUUUGGAUCCUGCGGAGGAGUACAAGACGACCAACAAACGUCGAGGCCUCGCUCUCAUUUUCAACCAGGAGCGCUUCUUCUGGCGCCUGGGCCUGAACAACAGAAGUGGAACCUACGCUGACCGCUACAACCUGGAGAAAAGACUGCUGGAUCUAAACUUUGAGGUCAGGAGUUAUGAUGACUACAAACAGGUGGACGUCCUGGAAAAAAUCCAUGAAGCUGCCGAGGAAGAUCAUUCAGAGGCUGACUGCUUUCUGCUCGCCUUCCUGAGCCACGGUGAGAAUGAUCAUGUUUACACGUAUGAUGGCAAGAUCAGCAUCCAGGACAUCACGUCCAUGUUCAAAGGAGACCGGUGCCAGACCCUCGUCGGAAAACCAAAGAUCUUUGUUGUGCAGGCGUGCCGUGGAGACAAACACGACGUUCCGGUGACCCCCUGUGAUGUAGUGGACAACGAGUUGAAGACAAACGAGACGGUGGUGGAUUCCUGCGCCAUCCAGACCCUCCCUGCUGGGGCUGAUUUCAUCAUGUGUUAUUCUGUCGCAGAAGGUUACUACUCCCACCGAGAGACCAUCAACGGCUCGUGGUACAUCCAGGAUCUGUGCGAGCUGCUGUGGAAGUACGGCAGCUCCCUAGAAUUCACGGAGCUGCUCACGCUGGUCAACAGAAAGGUGUCGAUGAGGAGAGUCGGGAACAGCAACGACCGGAGUGCUAUUGGCAAGAAACAAGUACCGUGCUUCGCUUCCAUGCUCACCAAGAAGCUGUACUUCCGACCAAAGAAGUAGCGUCCUGCGAACGCAGUGGUUUAAUUAGCUGCUUUAAAAUAUAAAACGAGCAGCAACCUGACCAGUGGACAGCUGAGGUCCGAUCCUUUUGUAAGCCUUCAUAUUUCAGCUGAUGCUGCAGAUUUUGGCAUUCCUGACUGCGUUUUCCCACAAAAAUAAGAACAAAUGUCGUACUUUAAGAACAUCUUUAACAGCAGGUUUAUUAUGAUGUUAGACCGCCUAGAUGUUAAAACAUUCCUGAAGAGCAGAGGAAACCAGGAGGUCAUUUUUACAUAGAAGCCUUUCACUCGUAAAUCACUGUAUCUGAUAAAGCUAAAACUGUCAGAGGAUUUUAAUCUUAGUUUUAAUGAAUCUGUGGUGGGAAGCAGCAGAAAUGAUUCAGGGUGUUUUCUAUUCUCAGGUAACUCCUCAGAGGCAGCAGUUAUAUCUCAGCAACUUGCAGUACAAACACUGUCUUCAUGCUGUGCCUUAAAGCUCAUUCCUCAUAAAGAAAAAAGGGAAUUCAUGUGUGUGCUGUUGUCUCAACCAGUUCUUGGUACGUCUAAAAAUGCAGAUUUGCACCCAAACUGAUAACACUAGCGACAAAGCCUCGGAGAGAGGGUGUUUCUCAAAGCUGUACUGUGGUCUGAAAUCAUGAUGAACUGUCUCACUGGUCCUAUUUCUGUGUUCAUUAGCUGUGAAAAAUAAAAACCUUUUAUAUGGCCAUCAA